CACUAAUUCUAUUUUUAUUGUCUUGGCAGUGUAUGAAUAAGCAUUACACAAGCACACUGGAUUUGAGUUUGAUACACAAAUAUUAAGAAUAUGACUUGCACAGAGGAAGCAGAGGCACAAUUUGCAGAGAUAGAUCUGCUAUUAAGUAUGUUUCCAAGUGAAGAAGAGUUACAAGUUGAUGAGAUUUCCCAUGCUGAGCUCAGGGCUUAUGUGGAGGGCACAGCUCAUACUCCUCCCAGCAUCAGACCCCAAUUCAGCAUCAAGCUGAAGGUGGAGAACCCUGCAGUGAGCAUUACAUUGCUGUGCACAUACCCAACUGACUACCCAAAAGUGUUGCCAGAUAUUGCUGUCAGAUGUUCAGUGCUCACCAGAUCACAGCAAAUGAUGCUUCACUCCAACCUCAACACCUACCUUUCUGAAAACUGCAUUGGUGAUGUGUGUAUUCUUUCUGCUGUGCAGUGGAUAAAUGACAAUGCACAAGCAUAUAUAACAAAAAGUGUACCUGUCAGCGAUCUGAAGAAGGAAGAUGUUUUGAUGAUGUCAAAAAAGAUUUUCACUAGACUCUGGAUCUAUAGCCAUCACAUCUACAAUAAGAUCAAGAGGAAGAACAUUUUGGAAUGGGCAGAGGAGAUGAACCUUUCUGGGUUCAGUAUGCCAGGAAAGCCUGGUAUUGUGUGUGUGGAGGGUCUGCAGUCUACUUGCAAUGAGUUCUGGGCCAGGGUGAAAGUUUUAACGUGGAAGCGAAUUACGAUUCGUCACAGAGAGGAUGUCCCUUUUGACAACACCUGGACAGAGGAGAGAACUGACUCUCUCCGCAAAUUUACUGGCUUUCAUGAAGUAAGUUUUGACACUCAUGGGACCAGAGGAAACCACAUGGACCUUGGACAGCUCUUUCAGUUUCUUAGUGACAAAGGAUGUUCUGAUAUCUUUCAAAUGUACUUUGGGAUUGAGGGGAGAUAACAGUUUGUGUGUGUAUUAUUUUUGAUUUUGCCUUAACAUUUUAGGCUUAAUUUUGAAACAAACUCUUUAAAAGAUUUUAACUUUAGAUCAUGAAUGCA